CAUAUUUGCGGAGAUCCCCAUCCAUCGCGAGACGAAUAACGGCCAGACCUUCGAACCUCGCAGUUUCAGCCGACCCGCCGAACCAAGCAAGCAAGCAAGCAACAACAGCGAAGCCCUUUCACCUCACUCGAUCGAUGAACCAGCGAUAAUCCAUCAUCCCCAUACCCCGAACGCAAAGAUGGCAUCCAAGUUUCUGAGAGAAUACAAGCUCGUCGUCGUAGGCGGAGGUGGAGUCGGAAAGUCCUGCUUGACCAUCCAGUUGAUACAGAGCCACUUCGUCGAUGAAUAUGAUCCGACAAUUGAAGACUCGUACCGCAAGCAAUGCGUGAUCGACGAAGAAGUUGCGCUCCUAGAUGUCCUCGAUACGGCCGGCCAGGAGGAAUACUCGGCCAUGCGAGAGCAGUACAUGCGAACGGGCGAGGGUUUCCUAUUAGUGUACAGCAUCACGAGCAGACAGAGCUUCGAUGAGAUCUUGGUGUUCCAACAACAGAUUCUACGGGUCAAGGAUAAGGAUUAUUUCCCGAUCAUUGUAGUAGGCAAUAAGUGCGAUUUGGAAGGCGAGAGACAGGUUUCGAAGCAAGAGGGUGAGGCUUUAGCUCGUUCUUUCGGAUGCAAAUUCAUCGAGACGUCAGCGAAAUCGAGAAUCAACGUCGACAACGCUUUCUACGACAUCGUCCGCGAGAUCAGACGCUACAACAAGGAGAUGGCAGGCUACGUCGCGGGCGGGGGCAGCGGGUCAGGAAGCGGCGGGCCAGGCCAGAAGAUGGAGGUCAGUGAGGGAGAGAAGGAUAGAGGAUGUUGCGGCGGAUGCAUAAUCAUGUAAUCACCUUGUGUGUAUUAUUUUGGUCCCGGACUGU